AUGUCAACAUUGCUCCAAUUGUUGGUUAAUUAUUAUGAAUCGGUUGUUACCAGUGAGCGUAUUUACUUUCAGCAUGUGAAUCGUGGUAGUUUGAACCGUCAGAAUGGUAAUGGUAGCGGUAAUGGUAGUGGUAGUGGUAGUGGUAGCGGUAGCGGUAGUAAUAAUAGUAAUGGUUCUGAAAGAGAAAUGUUACUAUUGCAGAGGCAGGUACAUCAAUUGACGAGUGAGUUACAGAGACAGAGCCAUGAGAACGACACUUUGAAAGAACUACAGAAGGCUCAGAGAGCUCUAAUGGAAUCAAAAUUGAAUAAUUGUAAGAAAACCAUAGAGAGACUGAAGAAACAGCAUAAUGGAAAAAAUAUGAAUGGAGAUGCAAUUGAGGAAGGCGGUCAAGGUCAGCUGAAAAAGAGAGAACAACACUUGCUAUCACCUCUUGUCGGCAGAAAAUUGGAAGGUGUAGGUAAGACUAAGGGGCUACGAAGGGCAUUGACAAGUGGACAACAGACUCUUUUCGACGAUGAAAAUGACGACGAUGAUAGGGAAGGUACAGUUGACCGCAUUAAUGAUGUGAAUUUUGUUGGAUCCAUCAGGCGAGCAGGCGGCAACGGUGGUAGGUUAGCGCAAGCUGUAAUAACUAGUGAUGGAAUUUCCGACGAAGAAGAACAAGAAAAGCCGUUGAAUAAGAAAAGGAAAUUGGCACGUAAGCGGAUUCAAAAUGUGUCCACUGAUAGUGAAGUCGAUUAA